CGUGAUCUUCAAAAACAUGGCGACCACCUUGAGAAGUGGUGUUAUGGGCAUCGCUAAAAAUUGUAUUAAAAAUCAUGGGUUCCAAAAUCUGAGCUCACCGUGUGCUGGUGUACUUUCAAGAAAAUUUCAUACUGACCUACACUACCAACAAGCUGUGGGUCAAAAUACUCGUGGAAAGAUAGCUGAGCCCAUAUCACGACCAGCAGGCAAGCAUACAGUGACGCUAGUUCCUGGUGAUGGAGUUGGUCCAGAACUUAUGGGUGGAGUCAGAGAUGUUUUUAAAACAGCCGGGGUACCCAUUGAAUUUGAAGAAGUUUUUAUCAGUGAGAUAUCCCCCAACACUAGUGCUGACCUGAAGACAGUGGUGGAGUCAAUCAAAAGAAACAAAGUUGGCCUGAAAGGUAUCAUCACAACACCUACAACAUUUAAAGGUGGAGUCCUACAAACUCUAAACAUGAGGAUCAGACGUGAGCUGGAUCUGUUUGCUAACGUGGUGUGGGUGAGGAGUCUGCCAGGCUUUCAGACAAGACACAACAAUUUGGAUUUUGUCAUCAUCAGGGAGCAGACAGAGGGGGAGUAUAGUGCUUUAGAACAUGAGAGUGUUCCAGGUGUUAUAGAAUGUCUAAAAAUAGUAACAAAAAAGAACUCCAUGCGUAUUGCCAAGUUUGCAUUUGAUUAUGCAAUGAGACAUGGGCGUAAGAAGGUUACAGCUGUACAUAAGGCUAAUAUCAUGAAGCUGGGGGACGGCCUGUUUAUGCGUUGUUGUGAAGAUGUGGCCAAACUUUACCCUAAAAUACAGUUUGAAACAAUGAUCAUUGAUAACUGUUGUAUGCAGCUGGUUUCUAACCCUUACCAAUUUGACGUGAUGGUGAUGCCAAACCUGUAUGGCAACAUUGUGGACAACCUGGCCGCAGGUUUGGUGGGUGGGGCAGGUGUGGUGCCAGGUGAAUGUUAUAGCUCCAGCGUGGCUGUGUUUGAGCAGGGAGCUCGCCAUGCCUUUGCUGAAGCUGUAGGUAAAAAUAUUGCCAACCCAACAGCCACAUUGCUGGCUGCCUGUAACAUGCUCAAACACAUGCACCUGGAAUACCACUCCAAGUUAAUUGAAGAAUCUCUGCUCAAGGUUAUCAAAAGUGGAAAGAUCAGAACACAAGAUAUGGGAGGCUACUCUGGUACCUCAGAUUUUUUUAGUGCUGUACUGCAAAACUUGAACUAAAACACAACCAUUGAUACCAGUUGAUUUUGGUUAUUUAUUGACUCAUUGCCAAGUUAGCAGAUCAUUACAUCUCUAAACUGUGGUUACAAAGUCUGAUAUUCUUUUAGUCAUUUUAAUAAUGUAUAGUUUUCCUCAUGAUAGCAAUAAUUGCUACCACUUACGUGUUGUAAUUUUCGUUGUAUUUUUUUGCUGCAAAUAACACCCAUGUUGAAUUACCUAAAAAUAAUCAUUGUCCUGUCUGAAAAUUUGAGGUUAUAAUUAUUUAUAUAAUCAUACACAUUUUCAUGAAGUAUUACACUAAUAAAUAAUUAAUUUGUACCGUUUUGUAUAAAGGUUUCUUACUAAAAUGUACAUUUUUAUAACAUGAAACAUAAAUCUACUUUAUAAAUAAGCUAACCUAACCUGUGUUUGAUGAUGUAAUUAAAACACAGACAGGAAUGUUGUUAGGAGAACCUAUAAACUACCACAAGACAUCCCCAGGAAAGUCACUAAUUGCUGUCUGGCCUACAGACUAAUGAUGUAAGCACAGAAUUAGAUUGACAUUUUAUUCCUGACCACGCCCAUAUUUUAGUUUUUAAUAUUAUUCAUCACUGCCAUUUAUCUGAAUAAAUACAAUGUGUGGGA